GUGGGCGAGGCCUGUUGCUCGGGUGGGCCUCUGGCUCGGGCUGUGGAAGGAGCAGACCCAGGCCAGUUCCUGUUGACAAGCUCAGUGUCAGGCCCAAACAGCCAUCUCUAUCUGUACUUCACUCCUUCCCAUUUACCGUCAACAAAACUCUUUAUGUUGUUUUUUAACCUGAUUUUGUUUUUAAUCAGUAAAACACCUUUGGAUGUUUAUUUCAAAUUUUGACCAUCACAUAAAUGCAAAUUGCUCCUUCCCUGGAAAUGGUCAUCUUUGAAAGUCUCGAUGAAGUUGUCAGGAAACUUGAACAUUGAAGAAAAUCCGACGUUAUAUUUAUAAUGGAUUUGAAUCUUCAGUUGACAGCAAAAAGCAUUUCAUCACUUCACUCCAGACGACCCAGACCAAGUCUCUCUGGUUUGGCUCAGAUAACACACAGUUUAUAUUUAAGCAAUGCAGUUGCUUCAAACAAUCAAAGCCUCUUGCAGUCAAAUGGAGUGACGUGUAUAAUUAGUGUGACCUCAGAGGUGAUUGGUUCUAAGUUUCCAGGUACUGAGUAUAUUAACAUUCCAGUUGCAGAUUCUCCAUGUUCACAGCUAAGUGUGUAUUUUGACAUGGUGGCAGACAAAAUCCAGCUUGUUGAAAAAUCACAUGGACGAACAUUGCUGCAUUGUGUUGCAGGAAUCAGUAGAUCCGCCACUUUGUGCCUUGCUUAUCUCAUGAAAUACCAUCACAUAUCUCUGCUCGAUGCUCAUACCUGGUUGAAAGCAUGCAGGCCUAUAAUUAGGCCAAAUAGUGGAUUCUGGAAGCAGCUGAUAGAGUAUGAAGACAAACUCUUUGGAAAAACUAGCAUCAAAAUGGUGAUGUCGCCACUAGGAAUCAUACCAGAUAUAUAUGAAAAAGAAACAAGAGAAAUAAUUCCUUUUUGAUACUGUAUAUCAAGUGCAUAAAGUCUAUUGAAUGGUGAUAUGUUUGUGCUAUGAGUUGCUAUUGUAUACAUUUGCUUUUAAAGACAUCCAUGGCUAACAAUUAAUACCUCACAAACAUCAUCUCACGCAUUCCAUGGCCCUCACAAGAUAACAAUCACAAUGUAUGGUGUUGAUAAAGCACAGCAGGUCAGGUAGCAUCCGAGGAACAGGAGAAUUGAUGCUUUGGACAUAAGCCCUUCAUCAGGAAUGUGGCCCUCACAAGAUCACGGUCAACUUCAGAAAAAAAAAACCUCAUUUCAGUCUUCAUAUUCUCGUAUAUUUUUGUUCUUGCCAUGAUAUUGAUGUCGAUAGUCUUCUGUCUGCAGUCAGUCCUAGGCUGCUAUUAUUUUCCUCUAGCUUUGCUCCUGGUCAGUUAUUCAAAUUCUACAGUAAGACUUUGUAACAACCCUAAGGUCCGUGAAGAAAAGCAGCCAUCAUAAUGUAUUUGUGCUUUGGUUGCACACACUGAUUUUGAAGAGUUUGUUAUUUUGAGAGAAUGGAAUCCGUGUGUAAGAUGAACUUUCUUGAACAUCACUUGUGUUCUAACUAUGAAAUAAAAUUGUAGACAUUCAUGAGAGUAUAUAUUGGAGCAACUAAUUGGUUGUUUCAACAUUGCAUUCAAUUCUAAAGAAGUAGUAAUUUUACAUGGCUAGCCUUAAUAACUUGCAACAGAGCUUAGCAUUAUACUUAACCAAAGUGAUGAAAUUAGAACUGUUUAUAAGCAGUACAAAUAUAACAUUUAAGAUGUUGCUACCCUUUUUUGUACUGUAGUUAGUAACUGUAAAUUUUGGUGAUAGAGUAAUAACCUGCAAUGAAAUAAUAAAAUCAAAGUAAGAUUAUUUUUGUCAGAACAAA